GGAGAGGGGUCGGGAGGAAGAGAGGCAGAGAGCACGAGAACAGUAGCGGCAGCAGCAGUAGUUGUCCGCCAGGCUGUCUCCUCCUCUCUUCCCGCGUCGCCAUGCAGCGCUCACGUUAAUCUACCGCACGGUUACCGGCGGGAGGCGAGCGUCCCCUCCGCCCAGGAUGCGGCCUCAAUCCGGCUGAACCAGAGACCCGACUGGGACCGGGACUCGGCUCUCUUCGGCCAUAGCGGAUGUAUGUGGACGUUGCAGUCCGGGUUUGACUACAGGGCGCCUGCGUCGCCAGCUGUUGCUUGCAUGGAGAGAAGUGGCGCCAACAGCAGGAGGAAACGGCAGAAGGAUGCGGUGACGUUAUAGAAAGGACCACCACCCGUCCCACCGGAGCCGGGGGACGAAUGCGAGCGGACGCUAUCAUCGAGUCUUUGCGUGUUUUAUGCCUAUAGUCGGUGUUGGAGUAAGCGUACCGAUGGAGAAAUCUACACCGCCACCCCAGCCCCAGAACCCCCAGCCCGGGGUCCAGGUCCUGCCUCAGGUCCAAGUCCCGCCCCUGCCCCAGCUCCCGCUCCAGCUGUCCAUCACCAAGACCGACAGUCCGGCGGAGGACAUCUCCAACGUGAGCGAGGAGGAGCUGACGCGGUGGACCAAGGAGGAGCUGGCGCGGCGGCUGAGGCGCUCCGAGGCGGACAAGAUGAGCGUCAUCCUGGACCACGGGAACCUCAUCCGCGAGGUCAACCGCAGCCUGCAGCUGCACCUUAACGAGAUCCGCGGGCUGAAGGACAUCAACCAGAAGCUGCAGGAGGAUAACCGCGAGCUGCGGGACCUGUGCUGCUUCCUGGACGACGACCGUCAGAAGGGGAAGCGUGUGUCGCGGGAGUGGCAGCGGCUCGGCCGCUACAGCGCCAGCAUCAUGCGCAAGGAGGUGAGCCUGUACCUGGGCAAGCUCCAGGAGCUGGAGCAGCGGCAGGACGAGGUGGUGAGGGAGAACCUGGAGCUCAAGGAGCUGUGCCUGCUGCUGGACGAGGAGAAGGGCUCCGGGCCGGGGCCCCCGGGGGCCGGGGGGGGCCUGGCCCCGGGGGUCCCUGGGCCGGGCUGCCGCGGCUCCAUGGACAGCCAGAGCAGCCUGCUCACGGUGCCCGGGGCCCCCGGGCUGCUCCUGAGGGACGUGGGCGACGGCAGCAGCACCUCCAGCGCCGGCUCGGCCGACAGCUCGGACCACGCCCACCAGAGGGCGCCCCCCCGCCACGCCGCCGCCGGCCUGGGCGUGGCGGGGGGGGGGGAUAAAGGCAGCCCCGAGCCCCCCCGUAAGCCGCGCUGCAGCAGCAUCAGCGGGAUGGCGGGCGGGGGGGAGCCGGGCAGCCCGGACCACCCGGCGGGACGCCACCGCAGCACCAGCCUGGAGUACCCCUACGUCCUGCCGCCCCCCCGGCCCCGCUGCGGCUCCGUGUCGGACCACCGCGUGAUGCGGGGGCUGAGCCCCGAGAAGUACGGCCGCGCGGUGGGCCGCCGCAGCCCGGAGCAGCCCCCCAAGCACUACGGCUCCGACCUGCUGCUGGGGCCCAAGGGGCACCUGCACGGCCCGGGGGGGGGCAGCGGCGAGCUCUACCCCCCCCGGCACCACCGCAGCAGCCUCAGCGAGCCCCGGCACCUGGAGGGCGGGGGCAGCCCCGAGACGCACCGCCACCUGUACGCCCUCAGCCCGGACCACCACGGGAAGUACGGCCCCCCCCCCCGGGAGGGACGGCGCCCGGAGGGGGCCCGCCGCCGAGGAGCUGUCGCCGCACCACAGGGGCGUCUACAACGGGAUGAACGCCUCGAUGCCUCUUCCUGACCUCACCGUACCAAACCAUAAGCUCUGCCGAACCCGGACGCCUCUCUCCACUUCCUCCCAGUAGAAGGCGGGACUUCCUCCUCGCCCGGGCCUUCAGUCCUCUUCUGUUUAAAAAGAAGCCCUCAAACGUCCCGCCUCCAUCGUCGUCCAUUCUGCAUACCCAGCCCUGGUGAGGCGAGAGUGACGUGGAACGGACGGGCGGGGGGGGGCGAGAGGUACGCCAUUGAUGUGCGGGUUUGACUCCCACCAUGACUGCCACGGCCAACGGGGUGACAUCAGGAGUGGAGAGCUGUUCCUCUCUCUCUCUCCCUGCCAGCGGUGAGCCACCCCCCGGACACACGGAGGGAGGCUGACAGCGAAAGAGGAUUUGCACUCAGAGCGCCGGUAUCUUCUGUUUACAGAUGUCACUCAUCCUCCUCUGAAAGCACAUGGGGCUUCCUGUCCCGGACCCCCUGAUUCUGUACCUGGACGCUCCUCUCUGUCUGCUCCUCACACUGCCUUUUCUUUGGAUGUGUCUCGCCUGGUCUGCUUCUCUUGUUUACCUUUUCCCCUGUCCCUCUCGUCUCUCUCUCGUCUCUCUCUCUCUUUCUCUCUCACUCUCUCUCUCUCUCUCUCUCUCUCU